AUGAGACGUAAAUCUCAACCACGGAGCUCUAUCUCCCUGACAUUUGGUCUACUGACAGUGGUGAUAGGGGCGGCAUCUGCACAGACGGGCGGGUGUGAACCCGGUUGGUCGAGGUCACCUGACAAGUGUUUCGGCUUGUUUGGCAACGACAUCGAUGGGGCAGAGCGCUUAACGUGGUCCCAAGCCGACGAAGCCUGCAGGGCUAUGGGGGCGAAUCUUGCCAAAAUACUGGAGGAAAAAAUGCAACCAAUCCUAUCUGCCAUGUUAGUACAAGCUUCAGCCUCCAACGUCUGGAUCGGUUUGAAUGACCGAACUGCAGAAGGGGUCUACCGAUGGGCUGAUGGUACCCCUCUGACCGGAUUCACAAACUGGGGUCCAAAUCAACCCGAUAACGGAAAUAAUGCCUUCCAGGAGGACUGCAUGUAUCUACGAGCAAACGAGGAUUUCCCAGGUGAAUGGUACGAUGGAUAUUGUGACUAUCCUCGGGCGUACAUCUGUGAGAAGCCUCAAG